CAAACAGACUCUGGAUCGUGAAGCUGUGGCCCUGUUGUCAUCGGAUAAAUGGAAAACAUUCACCACUAAACUCUCAGCUAGUUUUGGUGAUAUUUUAGAACUUGUCCAUGAAGCUGCUAAUAGUGGUAUUGCCAUUAUUGCCACAGAUGACAUCAUUUCUGCCGUAACACGGGAAGUUGAUCAAUUCAUUUUUGAUAAUGCCACGUACACACAGUCAGUCAAAUUUCCAUCAGGUAUCCAUCGCUUUUUGCAGCUAUACAGUGAGGGAGAGAUCAGUCAAAUAAUGUCUGAUUUGAAAAAGGUUCAAGCAGUCAUACAAUCUUCUGAUAGUGAUUUUAUUAUCAAUGCUACAAAGAGUGGAUUGGAUUCAGUCACAAAAGCUUUAAAAGAAUUGGCCAGAAACAUUGAACAGAAAAAGUGCGUACACAAAAAAACAGGCAUUUGUAAACUCAUGCAGUCACUGAGAGGAAGUCAGUUCAUUGCUGGUUUGCAGUCCAGUGAAAGGUGCAUUAUUGAAACAGAAUUUGAUGAUGUUCAAACACCGAUUGCAAACAGCCACCACACAGUGGAAGCCGUUUUUGCAACUGAUAUUUCCAAUUUGAAAGUUCAGCAUGGUGUCCCAGAGCAUUAUCUUGGUAACAACUUGAAUAACAAGGACAUUCUUUCUAACGAUGAUCUCGAACAAGUGUCACUGCCACAAAACGCUGACUUUGCUUUUGAUGGUGAUGUCAUGAAUGUUGAUUUUGAUACUGUGAAAGAUGGCAGUAAACUACAGGCUGCUAAACAAUCAUCUUUUGCUAAAAGACCAGAUCGCAAAAACAGACAAUUUGAUAAACCAUCUAUGGCAACAGCUUGUUUUGGAGAUCCCAUUGCUGAAAAGUUCAACAUAGCUGCACAGCAUGGAAAGACUCCAAGGACUAUGGAAGAUUCUGCGAUUUCUCUGUACUAUUUUUCUGACAAAGUUACACACCUUAAUCGAUGUAUUGAAUGGAUCGAACGCUUCUGUGAAGAGGAAACGGUCACAAAGACACUUGAAGAUGUCUCACUGAAGAAUUUGAAUCCAUCACAGAUUGAAAAAGUGAAGUCUCUAGAGAAAGACUACCAAGUGAAAGUGACAUACCAACGAGACUGUGGACAACUUCACAUACAAGGACUGCUGCAGGACGUUUCUGAUGCCUCUGAUGUCGUACACAAAAUUCUCAGAGAAGUUGAUGGUUUUGAGCUGGAAUGUCAGAAAGCUGAAAUACUUUCCAAUCUUGUUCAGUGGUAUUUUAUUGACGUUGAUAAACAGGGAGAAGAAACACUAACAAAGUAUGACAAAGAUGUGAAUGGUACCAUAGAGAAGGCCUUUUAUGAUAAAUAUCCCAUUGUCACUCUGCAAGCUGGUGGGUUUAAAUACAUCAUUGAUUUCAGUACCAUGGAAGAGUAUCCUGCUGAUAAUAGACUUGACUCUGUCAAAGUUGUCCGCAACGAUCUCAUUAGAGGCACGAAAUCAAAGAUCAAACUGCUGGAUGUUGAAUCGGUUGAUUUCAAAGCAGUGCAAGUGCUAGUUGGAGAGCAGCUGGUAAAGAAAAGUCUUACAACAUCUGUCCUUCCGAGUGGUAAAAUUCAGCUAAAGUGUCAAGAUUCAUUUACUGAAGCUCAAGAAAUGCAAAACAUAGUGCAGGCACUUAUCAGGCAAAACGUGAAACUUGAAAGCAAAAUGUCAGACCAAGAGAUGGCCUUAGUUUUAAAAAAUCUACAAGAUUCUGCACCACAGGUUUAUUGUGCUUAUAUUCCAGAUCAACAAAUCAUUGCAAUUUUCGCUAAAGAUCAAAAUGGAAUUGAUGCUGCAAAACAAAAGAUUGUAGUAUACUUGAAACAGAUAAAAAGCCAAUCUGAAGCGACCAGAGUCCAGGCAGUUGUAAGGGAAGAGUUUCUUGAUGCAAAUGUAGUCAAGCUGGAAGUUGAUUCACAUCAUUUUGAAGCAGCCAAAAGACUAAAGAUUGUUGGAGAGAAGCAGCUGCAGAAAAGUAUUUCUGUGAAUCAACUUAAAUCUGGUAAAGUGCAGUUAAUAUUUAAAACAGCAGAUGAAGAACUACAAAACAGAAUUCAGGCACUUUUCAGAGAGGAUAUUUCCCUUGAAGGUGCGAACUCCGAUCAACAGAAAAUCACAUCAGUUAUCAAACAUGUACAGGAUUCUAUACCAGACAUUUAUUGUGCUCAUAUUCCAGAUCAACAGAUUGUUACUCUCUUUGGGGAAGAUUGUGAAAAAAUAGAUGCUGCAAGACGAAACAUUCUAGUAGGCCUGGGCCAAGUAAAGAUCGGAUAUCGAGGGCGCAGAACUUGCACUUCAUCCAGUAAAACAAUGGACUCUGUACAAAAAGCUAAAGUAAGGUCAGUCUUUAAAAACCAGACCAUGGCGGGUGCAGACACAACUGGAGUUCAGCCAUUCAUUAAAGGGAAACUGCUCGAUGUCAUGGUAUACAAGGGUGACAUCACUCGGCUAUCAGUGGAUGCUAUUGUAAAUGCUACUAAUGGUAGGUUAGCUCAUGGAGCAGGAGUAGCAAGAGCUAUAGCUGAUGCAGCUGGUGAUGAAUUACUCAAGGAAGGAAACAGGUAUAUUCAAGACCAUGGUGUAAUCAGUGUGUCUGGUGUUGCAGUUACCACAGCUGGGCGACUACCCUGCAAGAAGGUGCUUCAUGCUGUUGGACCAGCCAUGUUUGAUUAUAAGGACAAGACACAUUGUCUGGAAGAUCUCUGUAAGACCAUACUGAGAUGUCUGUGUGAGGCAAGAAACCUGAAUAUGACAUCUGUGGCUAUUCCUUCCAUCAGUUCAGGUAUAUUUGGAGUACCAAAGCCAUCUUGUGCUGAGGUGUAUGUGAGAGCUGUGAAGUCCUUUGACAUGGUGGUCACUGGUGGCUCACUGAGACAAGUUCACUUUGUGGAUGUCAAUGACACCAUGCUGCAUCUUAUCCAACAAGAGUUUGUAAAUGAAUGGAACAAAAAGCUGGACUAUCGUUUCUGAAGUCUUGACAGUAAAUUCAUCAAACAGUGUCUUUAAGGAUACAACAAUAGCUAUGCACAAUUAGUGAAGCAAUUUUUUAAAUAAUUAAUAAUGCUAUUAUGUCUUUAAAAUUAUCAUAUUCAUAAAUAACGUACGUCUUGCCAAUAAAGGACUUAUUAUGUUUUCAAAGUGACAAAAAUAGCAGCCAAAACUGAUCUGUAGAACCAAUAUGACAUGGCUCAACUGCUCUUUACAAAAUACUUAGAAUUAUCCUUUUUUUAUUGGUAGUACCACUUGAUUGGUUACGGAUAAACAAAUACCUGUCAUGUUUUAAAUACAUAUGUACUAGUAAUUGGGCACAAAUAAGCUCAGUUCACCAAGUUAUUAAAAGCAGUGAGAACUCGAAGUAGCUCUAAUAUUUUCAGUCAAAUAUUUUAUCUUUUAUUUUUUAUUGGUCUGGUCAUCGCGUGGUGUAUAGGUACAUAGUAGUUUCCACUGUACACCUAUUGAUAACCAGUUUAUGUGUAAAUAAUAAAUGUCUUGCUAAUUGGCUGUUUGUUAGAAAAUUGUAACAAAAAUUUGCAGGUACACUUUACACUGUAAGUAUUGUGCAAGGUGCACGUUGUUAAGGACUGUCAAAAGAAACUGGGUAAAUGGUGUUGUAUAUUUUAUGAAGCAAAACUACCCAUUUUGGAAACUCAUAGCAGCUGCUUGACAUUCAAGAACGCUGUAAUAUUCUGAUUGGUUGAAGUAACCCAAUUUAGAAAUAAUAUAAAUAAUUGUGUGUGUGUGUGUGUGUGUGUGUGUGUGUGUGUGUGUGUUGAUGUAUGAAUAUCUGUAUAUUGUAUGUCGAGGUUGACUGUUACAUACACAGAUAUUAAAGCACUGGCACAGGGGAUAAUUAAAUCCUUUCUGACCUCACAAAUUGUCCCAUGCCGUUGCUGGGAUUCGAACCUGUGACACCAAAUUGCCAGCAAAUUGCAGACUAACAUUCUGAACUAUCGAGGCAUCAUUUGCGUCAAAAGUCCGGAAUAGCAGAGUUUUGUUCCUAAUAAAUUAACAGUAGCUGGAUGGGACUUUCAAAAGUGUGCUGGUUUACACAGAAAUCAGGUUUUAGACAGAUGCCGGUUUGGACAGAGUCCACUGUAUAUAGAUAUAUAUACAGUCAAACUUUGAUAACUUCGAUAACUUGAUCUUGAAAGGGAUGAGGAAAUAGUUCAAGUUUCAGGGAGUUCGACUUUUCUAACUUAAUAUAUAAGAGUUCAAAUUUUAAACAGGAAGUAAAUGAUAUAAUGAACGUAGAUGUAUUUUGCGGAUGUCAAAACAUGGCGGAACAUAACUAAUAAGUAAAACACUGAAUGCCGAAUAACACAGUACAUUUGUUUUUCACAAAAUUAUUUUAAAUUAUCUUAAUUAUUUUAAAUAAGAAAAACCAUUAAAAAGCACCAAUGCAAAUCAGGAACUAACAUUUAUUAAAAAAGAAAGAAACAGUGCUAAUAAUUAUUACAAGUGCUCUUUGAAGUUAACCAGACUUGUGUCCUAAUAUUUUAUCAUAUAAUGAAUUGUUCAACAGUAAAAGUAUAUUUGUUUUAAAGAAAUUAUGUGAGUAAAAACUAUAUGCGAGUGAUCUACCACACGUGCACUUUUCAUUUUUAUGAAUAUAUAUAUAUAUUUCAUUCUUCUCUACACUGUAAGCUUAAUUACGGUUUAUGAGAAUAAGGUCAUUGUCAUUGUAAUUAUGUAUUAGGUAGCGAAGCUCUCUACCAUGUAUGAUCAAUCUAUAGAUACAGAUAUAUAUAUACAGAUAGAUGCACACACAUACAUAUACAUAUAUGUUUACAAAAACAUGUUGUAUUCAGCUUGAGAUUAUAUGAUAAAGAGAGGAAAUAAUCUCUUUAUCAUAU